GCACAUAAAAUAAAGAUUUUAGUAUUCGCAUGAAAUGAUAGAAAUUUAUUGUCACUUAUCUUAUAUAUAUACAUAGUAAUCAUUUUUUCGUGAAUAAUUCUCUCCCCGUUCCAUUAUUUAUUUCUCAGUAUCUCUCUCUUUCUUUCCCUUACUUUAUUGUUGCUUUUAAACCUUGAAUUUGCUCAUAAACCAAAAAUAUAAUACCAAAACAACAAACAAACAAACAAAAAUUAGAAUUCCCCUAAUAAUGUCUUCGGAUCGUCACACACCGACGAAAGAUCCACCGGAUCAUCCGUCCUCUUCCUCCAACCACCACAAGCAACCACUUCCUCCUCAGCCGCAGCAACCACUCAGCCGCUACGAAUCGCAGAAACGCCGCGAUUGGAACACGUUCAUCCAAUACCUAAAAUCACAAAAUCCACCGUUGAUGAUGUCUCAGUUCGACUACACGCACGUGCUAAGUUUCCUAAGGUACUUAGAUCAGUUUGGUAAGACCAAAGUACAUCAUCAAGCUUGUGUCUUCUUCGGACAACCCGAUCCACCAGGUCCGUGCACGUGUCCUCUCAAACAAGCUUGGGGAAGCCUAGAUGCUUUGAUCGGACGGCUAAGAGCUGCUUACGAGGAACACGGUGGCGGGUCACCUGAUGCUAACCCGUUUGCAAACGGGUCUAUCCGGGUUCACUUGAGGGAAGUGAGAGAAUCUCAAGCCAAGGCUCGUGGGAUUCCGUACAGGAAGAAGAAGAGGAGGAAGACUAAAAACGACGUCGUUGUUAUCAAGAAGGAUGUUGCAAACUCUUCGACUCCUAAUCAGUCGUCCACUUGAUAAUUAAUCAUAUUUUAAAAUUUUCCAAUAUAGGUAAUCAAUUUUCAAUUCUCUCUUUCUUUUUUUAAUUUAAAGUUUCGUAUGAUCUUUUUCUAAUUGAAAUUAUUCUCUCUGGAUAUCUAGACUACAAAACUCAAAAGAUCGAAUUAAUAAUAGUGAUUGAUUCUAUCAAA